AUGAAAAUAAAAUUAGCUACGUUAUCAAAACGCGUGUGCAAAGGAAUCGAGAGAAAAAGAAGCUUGAGCAUGCGCAAUGAAGACAGCGCGUUCGAGAAUCGUGGCGGGCCAAGCUAUGUUCAUUCAGUUUGCCGGUACUAUUUGCUCGCUGCGGUUGUCGUGAUUUUGGAAAUGUGUUCACUUCGAAUUAUUGGCCGUCACGUGUUAUUCGUAUCCGUCAGAAUUUCCAAUUUCACGAUAGUUUAAGUCGCAAUAACGGACGAUUGAUUACCGAUUCAAAUAGAAUUUGCUGCUCUAGAAAGUGUCACUGGCUUAAGAUAGCGAAACGACUUCGUAGUCACGAGAAAGCAGUUUAUAAUGUUACUUAAUACUAUCGCGUUAACGAAAACCACGAUUUAUUGGAGGUUAAAAAAAACUAUAUAUGACGCUCGUUCGACAGAGCUAGCAUUCUUUUCACGAUUCUCCAUGGAUUUUGACCGGUUGUCACCGUGUAUUUGGAAAUUCAGUGCCGUUUGCAACGAUGUUUCGAAUUCGCGAAUCUGUAUCGGCCCAAAUGUAAAACUACCUACGUAGAAGAAUUACUGACCAUCUGAGUACACGAAGCAUCCAAUAAACUAUAAAUAUAUAAGCUUGACGUAGUGUUAAUUUUAAUAAACUGUAAUGCGACAAGUGUUUGUACAUGAAUCGUUGUGAACAAAAGUGGAAUCAUAGGGCAAUUGGAAAUAUUAUCGUGAUACGAAGCAAAGAUAUAUAUCAGGAUUGGAAACCCUGGUGGAUAAAACAUAGUAAAAAUGUUGUCUACAGUGUCCAGUAUCCCAUUCGAAUUGAAUUCUUCAUAUUAUACAACUGUUACCGGGAACAACGGUCUCGAUGCAUUAUCGGUGAUCGAGUCUAGAAAUGCGACAGAUCUUUACAUGUUACCGCCUUACAUUCGCAAUACAUCUAUGAUUACCUGCAUUAUAGUGAUGGUUCUUGGCAUAAUUGGAAAUCUUAUGGUACCAAUCGUCGUGUUUCGAGGCAAAGAUAUGCGGAAUAGCACGAAUAUUUUUCUAGUGAAUUUGAGUGUAGCGGAUCUCUGCGUUCUUUUGAUCUGUACACCAACCAUUCUUGUUGAAGUAAAUUCUGGACCAGAAAUCUGGCCGCUUGGUGAACAUAUGUGUAAAGCUGUACCAUUUGUUGAAUUAACCGUAGCGCACGCUUCAGUUUUGACGAUUCUAGCUAUCAGUUUCGAACGGUAUUAUGCAAUUUGUGAGCCCUUACGAGUUGGAUAUAUGUGCACAAAGGCUAGAGCGACAUUUCUUUGUUUCGUGGCGUGGAUUGUGGCAGCGCUUUGCACCAGUCCUAUCCUAUUAAUGGCUACAUACGAGGAAGAAAAUAAGGAUGGUACAUACAUUCCGACCUGUUACACGAAAGCAAACACAUAUUGGACAAUCAGUUUCGUCUUAUUCACAAUAAUUGUAUUCUUUGUAAUACCAUUCUUGAUUUUGGUAGUCCUAUACACGGUUAUAGCACGCCAUCUGAUGACGAACCCAACAAUUAGCCGUGGCUCGUCGAACAACUUGCUCAAAUAUCGCAAGCAGGUAAUGCUCAUGCUAGGAACAGUGGUACUCUGUUUCUUCCUGUGUCUAUUACCAUUUCGAGCAUUAACACUUUGGAUCUUAGUUGUCCCGAUUAAGGUGAUUCUCGAUUUUGGUAUCGAGCGUUACUUCACUCUGCUCUAUUUCUGCCGAGUGAUGUUAUACUUGAAUUCCGCCAUUAAUCCUAUUCUCUACAAUUUAAUGUCAACGAAAUUCAGGGAAGGAUUCCUUAGAUUAUGCGGUUUGGGUCCUAAUAGAAGAAAGAAGAAGAAAACGUCGGACAAAACUGGUACUUAUACUACUGGCUCAACCAAUUGCAGUAGUAACCACUCAGACUUUUGGAGAAGACAUAGCAGUAAUAAGAGCAGCAGUGUUAAAGCGCCGUGCAACAAUUCGCCCAUGGAGAAACAAACAAAAGUACCACUUCAGACAACGGUCAUUAGCGGAAAUAUUGUUAAGAAAAAACAGGAAAGUUACGUUUAAAGUAAUGGAUAGUAGGAUAAUUUUUUAAGACUGUGAUCAUUCGAAUCAUUCCAUAAUAUUUUAAUAUCAUUCAGUAUCGUUCAUAUUUAUAUGUGGAUUGUAUUUUAUAAAAUAUUCAUAUAUUAAAACUAAUAUGAAAAAAAUUAAAAGAUGAUUCUAAUUUAAUUAUUACUAAAUAAUACUUUAAUACUCACUUUGUUCUUAUUAUUUAUAUCUAUUUUUAUUAUACUAUUUAUAUUUUCGAUAAUGGAUUAGGAUAAUUUUAAUUAAUUAGAAAUCGCAAAAGAUUAUUUUUUAAUAAUAACUUAUUUUAAUUAUUUUAUUUCUUACAAAAAUAUCAAUCUACAUAAAAUUAUGAACGAUACAUUAGGAUCAAAUUAUCGUUACAUAAAAUUUUGGAAUCUGUGAUCACUAAUUAUGUAAAUGUUUACCGCAUAAGUAUUAAAUGAAGAAUAAAAUGAAGAAUAAAAAAUAUAGAUAAAAGAAAGACUAAAGAUAAAAUACAAAGUAGAUGAAAUUGGAUGACUUUUUAAAAAUCAAAUGGAUAUUUGUUUACUUUAUUAUUUGUUAUAUGACAUUAUUUAUUCAAAUCUUGUUGUAAUGUUUACAAUCAAAUGUAAAUAAUAUUUGAAAUAACAUAUUAAUUUUUUACAAAAAUCUUGAGUUCCUAUGCGCUCAUUGAAGAAUAAUUAUAAUAAUUAUUAUAAUUAAGUCAAAUGCUGUGUUUCAUCAUUUUAUAUCAAUCUUAAAUAUAAUUAUGAUAACUAUUAUAAAAUAAUUAGAAGUAUUUUUAAAAAUAUAUAAAGUAUAAUUAUUUUCCAUGUAUUAAAACUACUGGAAAAGUGAUGAAACUAGUCUACAAGCUUUAAAUAAUUUAUUUAAUAUUAAAUAUAACAAGAAAUAUAUACAUUAAUAUUUUUGCUGUAAUCGCGUAUAAUUAUUAACACUUUAUUGCUCAUAAUGUAGCAAUAAAUAGCAAAUUGAUUUAAUUAUAUAUUAAAUUAUUCCAAUAAUCAUUAAAAAUUGUAUAGCAUUCUUUCUCGGUUCCUAUACAUAUAUAUAAAAAAAAUUUGUAUUUUAUUUUUAUCAUAAGAAUCAAUUUACUGUUCCUAAUCAAUUGCAAAAGUUAAUUUUCAAUCGUUCACAAAUUUAUUAUUAAUGCUUAGUAAUACGAAAUAUCCAUGAGAAAAUAUUAUUUUUAUUAUGCAAAAUAUACGUUUCUGUAAAUAUUUUGUAAAAUAAAGAAAAGUUAAAAUAA